AUGUCCGUGUUCGUGCCUGCACCUGUGCUAAUGCCGGAACAUGACUCGCGGCACCCGUUCUACCCGGUGCUGGAGCAAGGCGAUCGAGUCGCGCUCAAGGUGGUCAUCCUCGAGGAAUACGACACGAACCUCUCCAGGCUGAGGCUGAGGCUGUUGGUCACGAUGAUGGUCAUCAAGCGGCAAGACCAUGUGCUUUUUGACAGGCAAGAUGCGCUCAUCGAGAAGCUGCAUGGUCUCAAUCAAAACGACUCUGCAACGGCGGAUCGCUGGGCACAGCUCGCGACGGGGAUCCAGGCCGCGGCGAUCGCGCUGCUGUGGCAGCCAGAUGUGGGGUUGUUCAGGGACAACGAGACGACGACGCUCGAGCCGCAGGACGGGAACGCGUGGGCAGGACAGUAUGGGGCGCCUGCACCGGGGGUGGCGGACGCGGUGUCCCCCUUCAUCUCUGGGUUCGAAUUGGAGACGCACUUUGCGGCGAACCGGACGACGGCGGCGCUCACCCUCAUUCGGAAUAUGUGGGCGGACUUCAUGCUUGACGACCCGCGGAUGACGAACAGCACGUUCAUCGAGGGGUACUCUACGAGCAGAGAGCCGCAUUAUGCGCCGUACGGGGAUGAGGAUGCUCGGAUCUCGCUCGCUCAUGGGUGGGGAACGGGGCCUACGAGCUCGCUUACGACGUAUGUCGGUGGCAUCCAGCUUGUGGGCGCGGCGGGAGCUACGUGGGCGAUCGUGCCUCAGGUGGGCGACUUGACGCACGUCGAUGCCGGGUUCUCGACCACUCUCGGUCGAUUCUCUUCGAAGUGGCUCGCCAACGGAACGGUCUUCCGUAUUGAAAUCAGCACGCCUCAGGGGACGACGGGCACCGUCGGUGUACCUCUUCCAGGUAACUACACGACAGCGACGCUUAGCAGCGCAGAUGGCGGGGGCGAUGUCGUGCGCGCGGACGAGUCGGGGAGGUAUUGGAUUAGGGACCUGGCUGGUGGAGAACAUCGGUUCGUUGUGGUCGGGUGGUGAAAUUCGUAUCCAUUCUGAGUCGAUGAUGUCUAUCGAGUCGCUCAAAAUCCAAAUUCUAGCAUCAC